AUGCGACCCAUCUCGUCGCUCUUCUUCCCGAGCACACCCUCGCACCAAACCCACACCGCGAGCGACCCUCUCCUCAUCCCGCUCACCCACGACACCUCGACCACCGCACACACCGACUGGGUCACCGUGCCCAUCCUCCACAGCACCCACACAGACUCGCACACACACCCCAGCCAACCCCCCGCAGGCUCGCUCCCUCUCGCGACGCACAACCCUCCCCCGCCGUCCUCAUCGCAACACGCCCGCUCGCUCUCGCUCUCGAGGUACGCGCGCGCAGGACACGACUCGUACGACUCGCUGUCGACCUCGCCGUCGACCCACAGCAGCUUCCGCUCGUCGACCCUGCUCGAACAGGGCCUCCCACCCCCACCCUCGUUCGUCGACCACCUCGCGAGCCAGCAGCAGGGGCACGGGCACAGGCAGACCAGGAGCGUAGGGAGGGUCCCGAGCAUCUCGUCCGUCUCGUCUCACGCCAGCACCUCGAACGCACACCCUCCGACAGCAACUGCGCACCCUCACCCUCCGCCGCCGCCGCCUCCUCAGACUUCGGCCGCGCACCGCUCGCGCAACCCCUCGUUCUCGACGCCCGCCAGGCAACCUUCCAUGCUCGCGAGUGGGGCCGGCACGAACUCGGUUCCCCAGCAGCGCCAGAGGGCAGCCUCCCACACGUCCCGAUCCAUGGUCUACUCGCCCUUGCCGCCGCAGACCGCGACGUCCGACUCGGGAGCAGUGGGCGGAGGUCAGUCCAUCAGGUUGUCACCCGGAGCAGCGUCAAUGGCGAGCGGUUCGGGCGGAUCAGGAGGGUCGUCGACCGUUCCCGGCGCAGGAACGGAUGCCGCUUCUGCGGGCGCGGCGAUGCGCCGGGGUUUCUCGUACGACGGCGGCAGCGGCGUGAGUAGCAGUACGGGCGGCGGUCUCUUGCCCGGCUCGUACGCCUCGUCGUCAAGCGGCGGGCGUGCGCUCUAUUCGCCCAUGACAGGCGUGCAGAGUACGGCUCCGCCCUCGUCGUCCGCCUCGACGAGCGCGUCGUCACCCUCGCGUCAGGCCAUGCUCCCGACCGCGCCGUCUCCUUCGCGCGCGUACUCGCCCUCGCACUACGCCGCCUCGCCCGCCUCCGCCUCUUCCUUCGUCCCGCCUCACCACGCGCCUCCUCCACCCAACGCCUCCUCCUUCUAUCCUCAACACAUCGCCCAGUCCUAUCCCUCCGCAGGACAAUCGACUUCCCCCAACCCCCUCUCGCCCGGCUCAGCAAGCUCCGCGGGACAUCCGCACCUGCACGGCCACUCUCACUCCCACUCCUUCUCCGGCACACCUUCGACCUCGUCCUCCCACACGCAGGGUCACGAGAUCCGCCACCUAUCGCUUUCUCGCCCCGCGCCCGCGCAGAGGAAGAAGAAGGGGAUGGUCAGGGUUAGGGAGGGAGACGAGGUCGAGAGGGCGGGGACGACGAGGGGUGGGCAGCCGAGGGGGAGGAGGGCGGAUCCGGCUGGAGGGUUCGUCAGUCCCCUCAAAGCCCUCACCGUCUCGCUCUCGGAAACCUAUCACCUCGUCAACCCGUCCUUCACCUACGAGACCUCUCGCAACCCCCGGCGAGUCCUGACGAAACCGAGCAAGCCCGCUCAGAACGAUGGGUUCGACAACGAGGACUCGGAUUAUAUCUUGUAUGUCAACGAUGUGUUGGGACCGGAGGACAAGGAUCGCUACCUCAUCCUCGACGUCCUCGGCCAAGGGACGUUCGGCCAGGUCGUCAAGUGCCAGAACAUGAAGACGCACGAGAUCGUCGCGGUGAAAGUGGUCAAGAACAAGCCUGCCUACUUCCAGCAGUCGAUGAUGGAGGUUACGAUCCUCGAGUUGAUCAACAACCAGUGGGACAAGGACGACGAGCACCACAUGCUCCGCCUCAAAGACACCUUCAUCCACCACUCUCACCUCUGCCUCGUCUUCGAGCUCCUCUCGAACAAUCUCUACGAGCUCAUCAAGCAGAACUCGUUCCGUGGACUGUCGACCUCGCUCGUGCGCGUCUUUACCGCCCAGCUACUCGAUGCCUUGAGCGUCUUGAAUGAGGCCAAGAUCAUACACUGUGACCUCAAGCCUGAGAACAUCUUGCUCAAGUCGCUCCAGUCGCCCACGAUCAAGGUCAUCGACUUCGGUUCCGCCUGCCACGAGAAGCAAACCGUCUACACCUAUAUCCAGUCUCGCUUCUACCGCUCGCCCGAAGUCAUCCUCUCCCUCCCUUACUCGAGCAUGAUCGACAUGUGGAGUCUCGGGUGCAUCUGCGUCGAGCUCUUCCUCGGUCUGCCGCUCUUUCCCGGCACGAGCGAGUUCAACCAGAUCACGAGGAUCGUGGAGAUGCUUGGCAUGCCCCCCGACCACAUGCUCGACAAGGGCAAGCAAACCUCGCACUUCUUCGAGUCCUUCUCAGACGAAUACGGCCGACGACGGUGGCGCCUCAAGUCGCUCGAGCGGUACGCGCAGGAGUACAAGGCCAACGAGCAGCCGAGCAAGAAGUACUUUUCGGCGUCGACCCUGCCCGAGAUCGUCAAGCAGUAUCCAAUUGUGCGGAAGGGGCUGAAGGAGGCGGAUAUCGACAAGGAGAUGCGAAACCGGAUCGCGUUCAUCGACUUUGUCCAGGGCUUGCUGCAUCUCGACCCGGAACAGCGAUGGACGCCUCAGCAGGCCCGUCUGCACCCCUUCGUUCUCGGCGAACCCCUCCUCGCAUCCUUCGUCCCUCCGCCACGCCACCUCGUAGCGAAAGGCGGCGCACCCUCGCCGACCGAAGUGGCCGCCGCCAAGCAGCAACAGCAAGUGCAGGCGGCCGCGGCGGCGCAAGCUCAAGCUCAGGCGCAGGCGAGGCAGCAGACCUACGGCGGUAUGCAGCCCGGCGCGCGACAGGCGCAGCAGGCGCGACCAUACCUUCCGCAGCAGCAGCCUCAGCCGCCCGGCUACGGUCUUCAGCCGCAGCAGCAGCCUCAGCAGCGCGCGCAAGCUGGCUCGUCGGCUUACGCGAUGCCGGGCGGCGACGCGCAAGCUCAGCAGGCGGCGGCGCAGGCGCAGGCGUAUGCUCAGGCUCAGGCGAGGUCGCUGUACGGCGCUGCGGCGGGAGGCUUUGCGCCUCGGACGGCGCCGGCAGGAGGAGCGGGUCCGACACCAUCGACCGUCGCCAACCCGCCGGCUGUGCACCACCAGUACGGCGCCGGUCGGCAACGAAGCGGUACGCACGGCACGCACGAUGCGGCUCUCCCGCCUGCGCUGCAGAAGCUCGGUUACGAGCUGGGCGCCGGUCUCGGAGCGGGUCAGUCGAUAACGCCCGUUUUGCGGCGGGACGACCAGUGGCAGGCAUGGGAGCAGCAGUACGGGCCGGGCGCGACAGGCUUGUCGAGGCGCAUCUCAGUGUCGGGCAGACAUCCGCACCUCAACCUGCUGCAGGAGCAGGCCGAAGCGGGCUUCCACAGCUGGAACUCUCCCGCUCGCACAAAGCCUCCACAGCAGCAGCCUCAGCAAUCGCCUUACGCGCCGGCAGCGGGAGGAGGCUACUACGCCUCGCCUCACCAGCCGUCAACGUCGCAGUUCUCGGUCGUAGUCGAUCCCGCUCAGGACAAGCAGCGACCAGGAAGCGACCUCUUCGACCCAGUCGGCGGUAUCGCGCCUCCCCCGCUCGCUUACGUCGGCGGCAACUCGGCGGCGCGGUACGCGCCUUAUCCCUCGGCGGCGGCAGGCGGAUCCGGCGCUCCUCUUCCUCCCUCUGGCGCCGCGAUGCCUCUCUCGACGUCGAUCGACCAUCACCACCCCGGGGCCGCACACCACCACUCACCCAUCGCCCCGCCUUCGUUCGACGCAUUCGGCACGCCCAUCUCGUCCGCCUCGCAGCCCAACCCGCUCAUGCACGGCCACGACCCUCUCAGCCACUACCAGCCUCUCCAGCCUUACGCAUCGCCGAACCUGAGUCGAACAGCGCAGCAAGGAGCGGGACCGGGCCCGCCUCAGCAGGGUCAGCAGGGGGCGAUGUACUCGCCGGGAGGAGCCUACGGCGGCCAGCCGGGAGGGAAGCCGCCACGAGGACUGUGGUGA